AAGGUCAAAGUUUAUAUUUAGCGAUAAAUAAAACAGCGUGAGUUUUCAUCAGAAAGGGUGAAGCAUACGUUUGAUUUCUUAAAAAUUCUGUGUUUUAAAGGAUGGUUUAAAAUGUUUGCCUAUUUAAGAGACGUCUUCAGACGCCACAGACGAAAGUUUAUUUUCAUUGGCGUCUUUUCAGCAGCAUCUGUGUUGUUGUGGAAGUAUGCCCAGCGGAGGCUAAAGGAAUGGCAAGAGAACGAGGCUGCGGAGUGUUUGGCAUUUGCCAGGAGGCAGCAUCACUUUGAUAGCAAUCAGAGGACGUGUAAUAUGACAGUUCUGGCGAUGCUUCCUACAAUUAGACAGUCUCUCACUAAAAUACUAGAUUCAGAUGACUUAACACAGCAGCUUAAAAACAGGCCUGCAAAUAAACUUGAAAUAUGGGAGCAAUUAAAGAUAAUAAGUUUUAGCCGUCCAAUUGCUGCUGUGUAUAGCUUGUGUAUGGUUAUAGUGUACUUGCGAGUUCAGUUAAAUGUCCUUGGUGGGUAUAUGUAUUUGGACAGUUUCCACGGUAACAAUGGCACAAUUCAUGGCCAAUCGCAGGCCACGCCUGAAAUACAGAAGCAGUACCUAGCAACCAUUCAAUAUUUGAUGGGAAAUGGUUUGAAGGACAUAGUUGAGGCUACUAAGAACGCAGUGGAAGAAUGUAUUGGAAAAAUGUCACUGAAAAAGAGCUUCCAGCUGCAGGAUCUUGAGCAUUUGCUGGGUAAAAUCAGGAGGAAACUGGAAGUUUGGGACAAUUCUGAUUUUUCUAAUGGUAGUACAAGUUUAACAAAAUACUUCCUACCUCCGGAGGAGAAUGGUGGCCUAAAUGAGGAAGAACUCAAUGCAAAGUGGGUUGAGCUUCAGUCAGAGGAAGAAACUACAAUUGUAGAUGAGGCUUAUAUAUCUCAGAAUCAAGUAAUGUUGCACAGACUCUCACAGGAAACAAGAGAUAUGAUUGAAAGUGCUGAUUUUUGCCAAGUAUUGAACACCUGUUUGGACACUGCCUUCACACGGCUGAUGGAUAACAUUGCCUGUAGUUUUAAACCAAAACCAGAACAGACACAUUUUGAUGUUCUUUCAAUAAGUCCUUGCGACACAAGUUUACCACUAGCUAAGUUGAUUCCUGUAAUGAAUGGACAAGUUCACUUUAUCUGCGGGGAUAGUCCUAACCACUUUGUACAGGAGCUUUUGUUAAUGGAAUGUGUGAAAGAUUUUGCUGCUAAUGUAUACGAAGCUUUCAGCCAAUCAGAACACACAGCAAUACCAUGAAGCCAUUAGCCAAUCAGAGCACUCCACAAUGUGAAAUUCUAUGAUAUAUGUACCCAAAAUUCUGGUAUUUUUGAAAGAUUAUAUUUGAUGUACAUAUCAUGCAUUUACAGUGAUACACAGUGAUGUAUUCCCUAAGUGUACAUUAAAAAUGGCUAUGUAUUGUAUCAUAACUAAUCAGUGAUGACAAGCUUAGCAUGAUUACAUUUUGUAAAAGCAUGAAUAAUUGAUUGCAAGCUCAGUAUAAUUAU